CGCUGCUCUCUGGUCCCCAGCGUGUCAACUUAACGGGCUGCCUUGGAACGGACACCCAGACUGUCCGUGACGCAUUAGAAUCUGUGCAAAGAAGAACACCGUUUUAGUUUUAAUUAUUAUCUGAAAAAGUAAUUGUAUUUAAAGGAUGGUCAAUUUGGAGGCAACGGUCAAUUGUCCGAUGAGGAAGUGAUGGGCCUACAUACUUAUACUAUACUUGUGUGCAAGAUGCCGGCCAUACAGAGUGAAGCGGAAUCUUCAAAAGAAGGGUCGGAAGGAGUGUAUUCUCGCCGGUGUCGGGGUGCAUUUUAAGCCUUUUGCCAUUGUAGCAUCUUUAGACAACUUAACCGGAUCCGCUCCCUGGAACCUGUGUUCGCGUGAAGGGAGAAGUGCUGAGACGUCACUAUGGACAGCGCCUAGGCUCGAGAUUCACCCAUGAUGACGGAUCCUUUUUCCUCCUCCUCCUCUCCUCUCUCCAUCACUAUGGAAACGGACGUUCUAGGCGGAGCGGGGGGGAACGCUACGACGGACUCUGCGGCGUUGGUGGCCGGGAACGUCUCGGGCCCGCCGCCUCCCUUUGAGAACUCGUGGAGCGUGGUGACCGCGCUGAUCUCGCUCAGCGUCUUCCUCUUCGGCCUGGUGGGCAACACGCUGGCCAUCUACGUGGUCCUGCGCUACGCCAAGAUGAAGACGGUGACCAACACCUACAUCCUGAACCUGGCCGUCGCUGACCAGCUGUUCAUCCUCGGCAUGCCGUUCCUCACCACGCAGAACGUCUUGUCCUACUGGCCAUUCGGCGACUUCAUGUGCCGCCUGGUGAUGACCACGGACUCCAUCAACCAGUUCACCAGCACCUUCUGCCUGACCGUGAUGAGCAUCGACCGCUACCUGGCCGUGGUGCACCCCAUCCGCUCGCAGCGCUGGCGGCGCCCCCGUGUGGCCAAGGCCAUCAGCGUGCUGGUGUGGACGCUGGCCGUGCUGGUGGUGCUGCCCGUGGGCAUCUUCUCCAGCGCCCAGAACCCACACAACUCCUGCAACGUCAACUGGCCCGAGCCCAAGCCCCUGUGGGACACCGUCUUCAUCAUCUACACGGCCACGCUGGGCUUCCUGCUGCCCCUACUGGUCAUCUGCCUCUGCUACCUGCUCAUCGUCAUCAAGGUGAAGUCGGCGGGUGUGCGGGCGGGCCUGACGACGCGGCGGCGCUCGGAGCGCAAGGUGACGCGCAUGGUGGUGGUCAUCGUGGUGGUGUUCGUGCUCUGCUGGCUGCCCUUCUUCAUCCUCAACAUCGUGAACCUGGUGGUCAUCCUGCCCGAGAACAGCCUCAUGGCGGCCGUUUACUUCUUCGUCGUCACGCUCACCUACGUCAACAGCUGCGCCAACCCCCUCCUCUACGGCUUCCUGUCCGAGAACUUCCGCCAGAGUUUCCGUAAGGUGCUGUGUCUCCACAAGGCCAGCGGGGCGGUCGCCGACGGAGACAUGGGCUGUCCCAGCCCAGUGGCGCGAAAGAACCGAGGAACCAGAGGAUUCCUGACACGGAACCAGCCCGACUUCAACGGACAUGCGCAGAUCACCCAGGGGGUUUGUCUGGAGGUGUGUGAGAACUCCAGACGAGAGCUCCUCGCCGCAGACCAACACACAAACCGCCAAUCAGCAGCCGAACCGCCGAUCAUCAGGCAAUCAACAAUCUGAUGAACAGCCCAACAGCCAAUCAACAAACUGAUCUACAGGGUCCGAACCACAAGCCAUCAACAAUCAACAGUUUGACUUUGUCUGUAUCUUAUCAGUCCAUAAUCGGAUCUUCAGGCCUUCAGCAAUUCAAUAAGUAAGCACAGCACAUCGCCUGCAAAUCAAUAAGCAGAAAUGGUCAUCAACAACACGGUCCCUCCCCUCGAAGCUACAGGUCCACAGCCACUGGGAAGGGGACCUUCCAGAACAAGAUGGCGGCUCUGCACAGCCCCAAUCAACAGACCUGACCGACCUUGUACUGUAUGCUCUGCACAGCCCCAAUCAACAGACCUGACCGACCUUGUACUGUAUGGUCACUGUAUGUAACUGGUCAGUGAGCCUAUUCACAUAUUCUGAUUGGAGGAUUUAUGAAUAUGAAUGUGACAUUGUGUGAUGUACAUUACAGCAGGACUGUGGGUUGUAGGGGUACUGUCUUAUGGAGGAGUUUUCGUGCGUGCAGGACCCGUCUGGACACUGGUGGCUCAGGCCUCCAUAUUCUCAUCAUCUGAAAUUGACCAAUCCAUAGACUCAUCCUCAUGGCAGUGCACUGUCAGACACUGACCACUGUGAAGUGGUCAAUUAGCCAAUCACAAGAGAGUCUUGUGGUCAGUUAGCCAAUCACAAGAGAGUCUUGAUCAGAUUCUUCUGGCCUGUCCAGACUUUGGACCACUGGUCACUGGCCAAUCAAACCACGGGUCAUUGGCCAAUAACACCAGAGGACCACUGGUCACUAGCCAAUCAAACCACAGGUCAUUGGCAAAUCAGACCAGAGGACCACUGGUCACUAGCCAAUCAAACCACAGGUCAUUGGCAAAUCAGACCACAGGACCACAGGUCAAUUAAAUGGGCAAUCUAUACUUGGAGCCAUAAAGAUGACUUCUCAUACACAUACAAAUGACUGUUUGGGAAGUGUGGAACACUGUAUCAGUUGAUGAUUUAGAUGAAUGAGUAUGAAAAAGCUGUGUGUGUGUGUGUGUCUUAAGGAGAACAAACCACUUGCUCUGACACACACGGGUGUGCUGGUGUGUGUGCCCUGUUUGAUUAGCACACACACACACCUCAAGAGACACCGCUGAAUGUGAGUAGUGUGUGUGUGUGAGAGACAGAGAGCGAGAGCACUUCUCAAAAGCUCUUU